AUGCCUUUUAGAAAGCUCGAAGGAAGCUGCCAAUGUGGCGGCGUCGAAUUCUCCCUCGACUCGUCGACACCCGUCCCCUACCAGCUCUGCGCGUGCAGCAUCUGCCGCAAGAUUGGCGGUUAUGUUGGAUGUGUGAACCUCGGCGGUAUCGCGGAUAGUCUGAAGAUCAAAAAGGGAGAGAAUCUGGUCAAAAAGUACAACGCUAUCAAGGCGCGUGGCACGAAAGAUGAGGAGAAAUGUACUUCGGAGCGGAACUUUUGUUCGAAUUGCGCGACCAUGCUUUGGCUCUGGGAUAAGACCUGGCCUGAGUUGAUUCAUCCAUUUGCGUCGGCAAUUGAUACCGAGCUGCCGGUUCCUGAUGAGAUGGUUUGUAUCAUGGAGGGCUCGAAGCCCGCCUGGGCGAGGUUUCCCGAAGGAAAGAAGCAGGUGUUCAAAGAGUAUCCUACAGAUAGUUUGGAGGACUGGCACAAAAAGCAUGGCUUGUUCUACGAGUGA